CCUACCCACCACACCAUCCUCUCCCUCACUCUCACCAAACAUGGUGGCGUAGGGUCAGCGUUUUAAAAUCGGAGUCUCAUCGAUUUGUACUCACAAUCUCUUAACGAAUUAAGCUGUUUUAAUUUAUUAUAAGUUAUAUUAUAAGGAAACUAGAAAUAUGCCUAAUAUCAAGAUUUUCAGCGGUAGUUCUCACCAGGAUUUAUCACAGAAGAUUGCCGAUCGGUUGGGGCUCGAGCUUGGGAAAGUAGUCACGAAAAAAUUCAGUAAUCAAGAGACAUGUGUGGAGAUUGGUGAGAGUGUUCGAGGUGAAGAUGUUUACAUUGUACAAAGUGGUUGUGGAGAAAUCAAUGACAACCUCAUGGAGUUACUCAUCAUGAUCAAUGCCUGUAAGAUUGCCUCGGCCUGCCGUGUCACCGCAGUAAUCCCCUGCUUCCCAUAUGCAAGGCAGGACAAGAAAGACAAGAGUCGUGCUCCUAUAUCUGCAAAAUUGGUUGCCAACAUGCUGUCUGUGGCUGGAGCAGAUCACAUCAUCACAAUGGAUCUUCAUGCUUCUCAAAUACAGGGUUUCUUUGAUAUUCCAGUAGAUAACUUGUAUGCUGAGCCAGCAGUACUUAAGUGGAUUAAGGAAAACAUCGCAGAGUGGAAAAACAGUAUCAUUGUAUCUCCUGAUGCUGGUGGAGCAAAGAGAGUUACGUCUAUUGCUGACCGGCUGAACGUUGAUUUUGCACUGAUUCAUAAGGAGCGUAAAAAAGCCAACGAAGUUGACAGAAUGGUUUUGGUUGGUGAUGUGAAGGAUCGAGUAGCUAUUCUUGUUGAUGAUAUGGCAGACACCUGUGGCACAAUUUGCCACGCUGCAGACAAGUUGCUCUCUGCUGGAGCUACCAGAGUCUAUGCUAUUCUCACGCAUGGAAUCUUUUCUGGUCCUGCUAUCUCUCGCAUCAACAAUGCAUGCUUUGAAGCUGUGGUAGUUACAAAUACAAUCCCUCAAGAAGACAAAAUGAAAACCUGUCCUAAAAUACAGGUUAUUGAUAUCUCCAUGAUACUUGCUGAAGCAAUUAGAAGAACUCACAACGGAGAGUCUGUGUCCUAUCUGUUCAGUCAUGUUCCAUUGUAAUAUUUACAAUAUCUGCCAUUUCAAUAUUAUUCUACCAAAUUAUUUUCUUUAUCUUGCCUUCAUGCAUCAAAUGAUAAAAGGAGUUCUUCAUUGCUACUUCGCAUUGUAGUACACUUCUAUCAGAUCUGUCAGUGAAAAAAAAAUAGUAUUUUAUAUCCAUCAAUAGAUUAGAUAUUUACAAUUUAAAAACAGCAGCUGUGAUUGGGUUUAACAGGAAGGACAUAUUAUAUAUCCCUCUUGAUAUUAAAAGGGGGAGAGUUCAUUUGUUUUAAAUUAUGUUGGUAUAUUCCUACCUUUGUUACCAUAUUGCAACACAUCUGCCACAAUAAAAAGCUGCUGGUGUUUUACUUUGAGCAGAUUAUUGUUGUUUUAGAAAACUGGAAUAAUUAUUUUUGUGUCAAUGUAACCUUCCUCAUGUUAUUUUCAAGUGAUACCAUUUGUGCUUGUAUCAAAGAAACAAUGUGUUCAAGCAAAUUUUACAUAUUUCCCCAUCUCAAACACUCAAAAUGAUGCAGAGAAAGCAGGGAAUAACUUGGUUUUUAUGCUGCCCUGUGCCUUAUUAGAAAUACAAUAAUUUCAUAGUUACAAAAUGGUUUUGCAUGGUACUGAUGCAUUGCUUCUGAGAGGUGACUGAAUCGGCUUGAGCUUUCCCUCAAUUAUCUUCCAAAAAAAUUUCAGUGAAUUGAAACCCUAGUGAGUAUGACAGGCUUCUGAGGAUUCCAGGCAAAUGUGAUUGGGCUAGACGAAAAAUAUUUUUAAUGUGUUCAAUAUAGGAUUGCAUUUUGCUGCAAAAUCCAGAUAUGGACAAACCAAUUCUAACUUGUCCUUUGUUACAAUUUGUUUACUUGGCAUCUUUAUUCUUAUUCUAUGUAUGUUUUUGAACCUUGUAUUUGGAAAAAACUUCUUUGUGUUGCAACAUGAUUAUUUCUGUUCAACAAAGUCUUUUAAUGGAUGUAAAGAAAUUAAAUCCUUCAAGUUGCUUACACUUGGACCAUGGAAGUAGAAAAUUUACUUUGCUCCUUGUUUAACAGUAAGCUAUAAUGCUGAUAUAUUUUUCCAAUAACAAUGCAGCUUUUGCAGGAAUGAAUUUGUGAAUUCAUGCACUGGCCAUCCUGGAAAAAUAUCUUUUUGGCAUUUUAUAAGAUGUGAUUGUCCAAAAUUUUGAAUGCACACAACCUUAAAUUAUUCAUAUUUCAGUUGCAAGUUAGAAAUUUGGAGUUUCACAUUUUGAGGACUAGAAUCCAGUUCAUAAGGAUAUGAAAGUAUACUUGUUACUUCUCCGAAAUGAAAGCUGAAAUGAGUAAAUACACCAAAUGAACGGUGGCUCAUAGGCACCCUAAUGGAUGAGGGGUGCCUAAACUUGUCAGAUUAGGCCAUGUUGAAAGUACAUUUCUCUUGUCAUGUUUUACUUGAAAUAGCAUUGCUAGACAAGAUGAGAAAACUGGAUUGCUAAAAGUCAGAUGUGUGUAUAUUGUCUAAACUACAUGUUUUCCACUACAAGAACACUGAAAGCAAUUAAUUCAUAAUUUCUAUUUAUCUAGGGUGACAUUAAUAUACUAAUUUAUCCAAAUCUGGGACAUCAGAUGUUAAAGUGGAAAACAAGGAGAAAAUGUAUCAGUAAUGCAGUUAUUGAUAUUAUGCAUAGUGUUGUUGGUUCAUUCUGGGUUCUGCUCAUAAACUGGCCCCAAGUUUCCUCUUCUUUUGGAUUCUCUUCUGCUGUUCAGGUCUCCAGCAGAUUACCUCUGCUUGUCUGCGAAAUUCAAAAGAAACAUUUUGCUCCAGGAGACUGAUUUCGCAUGAGCAAUGUUUUUGGCUGGUGUUCAGAUUGGAAUUGUCUCAUUUGUAAAUACAAUUCAAAUAUCUGACAUCUGUGCUUAGAAAUUUGUUUAAAUCAUUUUGAACAUGGCAAAUAAUCCUAUCCAGUUAUGUUAGGAUAGUUCUACACAUUAAAAUAAAAUCUGCAACUGUUUGGUUUUUACAUUGUUUUCUAUAGCAUAGAGAAAGCUGAAGGCUUUUUACAUUUUCAAUUAUGUGUAAUAAUAAACGUGAUGACUGUUACUUUUGAUGUGCCAGUGUCCUCAGUUUCUCUUCGCCCAUUCCACUGGGUUUGAAAAUACAGUUGAUCCCUCUUUUUCACUCGCCACAACCAUAUUAUUGUAGCUCAAUCGAUACUCCUUGUCAAGUGGCCUACUUUGUCAUGGAUAUGUUGAGCUUAUUGAGCAUUGUUGGAGUGUACCCUUGCAGUCAAAUGAAGAGUAUUUCACCACAUUCCAGACUUGCACCUUUUGUAGAUGGAAAGGCUUUGGCAUGCUGGGUAGCAAGUUUCUCAUUGCAGGAUAACUCGGUUCUUGGAAUCACAAUAUUUAUAUUGAGAUCCAGUGGAGUUUCUGGUCAUUGGUAAACCUGUCACAUAAUGUUAAUGGGAGACAGAACAACAGAUCAUUCUGUCACUGUCUUAGUGUGUUUGUGGCAUGACUAUUUGCAACUUACAAACCUAUGCCUCCAUGUGUAUGUAGGCAUAGACUGACUCAUUUUGAGUCAUGAAAUCAUUUAUUGUGCGAUUGUCAGUGUACAUCCAACUUGUAUCACCCAUCUUCAAUUUCUUUCAAACACCCGAGCAACUGGAACAAAAAGGAUCUAGUGCUUUCCCAGUAUAUAUGAUGAACAAACUCUUCUUGGGCUUCCAACCAGUUCAGGUUUUGAUUAUAGCGGAUGUUUUCAUAACAGACUCUACCAUCUUCAUCAGGGAUGAUGCCUGGGCAUGUCUCGUCUGGUGGUAUUUAUACCCUGUAGUCCAAUUCCCAUGGUUGGUUAGUCCUCAUCCAGUCAGGUUUCUGUACUCCAGCCUUGUUUACAAUUGAAUUCCAGUUCUUUCUUGGAGUGAGACCUUUGUUAAAAUUCAUUUCCUCUGGUUUUAUUUCAAAGGCUUCCUUUACCUGAACAACUACUACAAUGAACUCUACAAUGAUUUAUUCUACAACCACCCUGAGCGUAUUCCAGGUAUUGACUGAAACCAUUGGUUUGUUUUUGAUGUGAUUGAAAUUUGAAGAUUUGCUUGGAGUCCUUAUAACAAAAGGAGGUCCAAAGGUAUUUUAGAAAUUAGAACACUUGCCCUAUUUCUAACCAAGUGUCUAUUUUCCCAAGCCAUUACAUAUUGUUAACUUAGAAAACAUCUGAAUAUCAUGAAUGUUAAAGCAAUGACCACAGGGAUUAUUAACUCAAAAUGCUGAAAAUACUAUGCAGAUUAAGUGGCACCUUGACCUGCAUAGUGUGUAACAAUGAACACAGUGAAAAUUGGAACCAAUGUUGUUGAAAUGGUUUAUGUUUCAGGAAAGGGUAUGACAUUAGUAUGGACAGAAAAGCAUAGGAAAAGAUUUGAACAGUGAGAGGAUGAGUUUUUAGUAUUAAUGACCUAAAUGUUCAAAUUAACUGCUUUACCUCAUUUGUAUUUAUCUGCUGCUCAAUGUUCUGGAUUCCAAUUACCACCAUAUAGAAUGAAGUUUUCAGGAUAACCCUUCAGAGAUUGGGCUUUGGUGAGUAAAGUCAGUAGAGUGGGAACAGCUGUUCCAAUUUGCCUGCCAAAGCAACAGGUCCACAGCAGAUGUCAUCUCGUUUGCUCUUUACACAACCCUAGUACAUCUGGACAGCAAGGGUGCAUACAUUAGGAUGCUCUUUAUUGAUUACAACUCAGCAUUUAAUACCAUCAACCCCUCAAAACUAAUUAGGAAACUCCAAGACCUGCGCUUCAAUAUGUCCCUUGUGCAAUUGAAUCCUGGAUUUCCUCCAAUUGCAGACCACAGUCAGUUUGCAUUGGCAAAAGCAUCUCCAAUCUCCAUCAGCACUGGAAUAUGUGUUUAGCCCCCUUUGCUACUUGCUUUACACCUAUGACUGGCUAAGUACUGCUCUGACAGCACAUACAAGUUUGCUGAUGACACCACUCUUGUGAGCUGUUUCAAAGGGGGUGAUGAAUGAGCAUAUAGGAGGGAGACUGAAAAUUUGGCUGAGUGGUGGUGUACUAACAACCUCUCAAUGUCAAUAAGACCAAGGAACUGAUUGUGGACUUCAGGAGAGGGAAACGAGGUUCACGUGCCAGUACUCAUCGGAGAAUCAGAGGUGGAGAGAGUCAGUAACUUUAAAUUCCUGGGUGUCACCAUCUCAGAGGACCUAUCCUGGACAGUUUGUAAAAAAAAAUAUAAUUUCAAAGAAAGCAUGACAGCACCCCUACUUUGUUGGGAGUCUGGAGAUUUGGCAUGUCAUCAAAAACCUUGACAAACUUCUGUAGAUGUGUGGUGGAAAGUGUGCUGACUGACUGCAUUAUGCCAUGGUAUGGGAACUCCAAUGCCUUUGAGUGGAAAAUCCUACAAAAGGUAGUGGAUUCAGCCUAAUACAUCAUGGGUAAGGCCUUCCAACCAUUCAGCACAUCUACAUUAAAAGCGGCAUCCAUCAUCAAAGAUCCUCACCACCCAGGCCAUGCUCUUUUCUCACUGCUGCCAUAAGGAAGAAGGUACAAAUGCCCCAGGACUUGGACCUCCAGGUUCAAGAACAGUUGCUACCCCCUCAACCACCAGGCAACUGGGAUAACUACACUCAUUCUAUUUCUUGUGUUCCCACAACUAAUGGUCUCGCUUUCAGGACUCUCAUAUAUAUUGUUUCAUGCUAUUGUUAUUUAUUUAUAUUUGCAUUUGCACAGUUUGUUGUUCAUUGAACCUGUUCUAUAGAUUGCCAAGUAUGCCCAAAGGAAAAAGAAUCUCAGGGUUGUAUACAGUGACAUGAAUGUACUCCAAUAAUAAAUUUUACUUUGACUUACUUUGGGAAGCUUUGAGAAACAGAUGGGGUUCGGAAUAAAGACAAUCAGAAGGAGUAAAAACUACUCAAAAUGUCCUUGGCAGGUAGACUUAGAGAAUUAAAAGGCAUUUUAUAAACAUGGAGUUAGGAGGGCAGGACCACUCAUAGCCAAAAGAGGGAAUGACUGAAAUCCUAAAUGAAUACUUCAGUUGGGACUUCCAUAGAUACACAGGGGAGUGUAUCCUAACUGGGUGCAUCACACCUGGUAUGGAAACACCAAUGCCCUGGAAUGGAAAAGGCUAACGAAAGUCUUGAUGCUACCCAGUCCACAGGCAAUGCGCUACCAUUAGAAAGUGUGUAUCAUCAAAGACCCUACCAUCCAGGCUAUGCCUUCUCACUAUUACCAUCAGGCUCCUGAACCAGCAUGGAUAACUUUAAUCACCACCAUUCUGAACUCGUUCAACAACCAACACUCACUUUUGAUGACUCUUGUCAAUACUACUUGUUUAUUUGCACAGUUUUUUCCCCUUUGGAUGUUUGUCAGUCUUUAUGUAUUGUUUCUCAUAAAAUUCUACUGUAUUUCUGAAACUUUGUGAAGUUUACAUAUGCACUUUGAUAAUAAAUUUACUUUGAACAUGUUGCCUUUGCCAGUUUUCACACAUACCCCACUGGUAAAACCUUCGCAAAUCCCUGUACUUUCAAACUGUUCAAAAUGGAUGAAGUACAGUUUCUUAAUUUGUUUGACUGAAAUUUUGUUUGAUUUCUAACUCAGGCUGAUUCAAUGUCCUGCCACUCUAGAUCAAAUUAGCAUUGCAAAUCUUGACAGCCUGCACCUCUUUACUGAGCUCCAGAUCCAUAUCAUGGGACAUGAUAAUAACCACACACUUCUGCCUCUAAUAAAUUGCAUACCUCACCCCUCUGCUGAAACAGCUAUACUCAAUGUUCCAAUCCUGAUAUGGGCAUUUGAAUCAGAUUACAUGAUCUACAUGAGAUCCUUGCAGACUGGCUAGAUUGGAUUCUAGAAAACGAAAGGUACUGGUGUUCUGAGUAGAGAUUAGUAAUCAGCAGUGUUCCAUCAGGGUCGGUGCUGGGAUGUAUAGGAAUGGUAAUUGAAUAAUCAGCACAACUCCUAUGACAUUUACAAUAAUGCUUCUGACACCACUGUUAUUUGUAGAAUCACAGACAGUGGUGGGGAGGCUUACAGCAAUGAGAGUUCAGCUGGUGUGUGGUGUUGCAAAAACAAUCUCAUGCUCAGUGUAAACAAGACCAAGAAGCUGACUAGCCUUCAGAAAAGGGAAGUCGGGAGAAUACGCCAGUUCUCUUUUAGGAAUCAGCAGUGGAAAGAGUAAGCAGUUCAAGUUCCUGGUUAUUGAAUGGUUCCCCGACAUCAAGUUGGAUUCUUGACCCUACAAUCUAGCUUGUUAUGAUCUUGCAUCUGCAGUGCAUUUUUUCUGUAGCUGUUGCACCUUACUCUGCAUUCUGUUAUUGUUUUACCUUGUACUUGCUUACUGUGUAAUCAUUUGAUCUGUAUGACCAAUGUGCAAGGCAAACUUUUCACUGUAUCUCAAUACAUGUAACAAUAAAAGUUGAUUCCAAUACAAAGAA